AUGCCCGGUCCGGAGGUGCCACCUGCGGAGGCCGCCGAGGCCAUUGCGGGCGUUGUGGGGGGCACUGCGGCCAAGGCCGCCGUGCAGGAUGAUAAGAGUCAGAAGCUGGCGGGGGCAGGGCAGGGAAACGACUCGCCAGCCGUCGUCCCGGGGCAGCGCACCCCCACGGACACGACCGAGACACACAGUAGCGGCGCCAGCGACCGCGACGAGGCGGCGUCGCAGGGCAGCGAGCCCAAACGACCCCGCCAAACCAACAGCCAGGAGCCUGCCGCGCCGCCGCAGGGCCGCAAACGCAAGCGCAAGCACACUCCGCACUCGGCGGUCGCGCAGGGCACGGGCGCGCCGGACAUGAUCCGCCCACCCUCGCCCGCGCCCGCCGCCCCGCCACAGGGAGCCGCCCCCCCUCGCCAGGGCAAGAAGCACAUUGGCGUGUGCUACUACCAGCACCUGGAGCGGCCGUGGCGGGCGCAGAUCCGCGUGGACCAGGAGCUGAAGAACCUCGGCGGGUUCUACACCGAGGGCGAGGCUGCGCGCGCGUACGACAGGUACGUGCUCGACCACCGCGUCCUCCACGCGCGCCGGCGCCACCUCCGGCGCCUCAACUUCCCGGACGAGGCCAAGGAGGAGCUGGCGGCGAUCGAGGCCGACGGGAUCGACAUCGGGGAGAACCACGCCGGGGCGCGCGCCGCGGACGGGCAGGGCGGCGCCGGCGCCGGCGGGGCCGCCGGGGCGGGCGCCGGCGCGGGCGCGCACCCCGCGCAGCGCGCGCGGCGAGCGUCGCAGUACCGGAACGUGUACUGCCGGACGGCGCCGCAGGGCGAGCUGUGGUUCGUCGAGCUGAACGCGUCGGGGCAGCGCGUGUCGCUGGGGUCGUUCCGGACGGAGGAGGCGGCCGCGUGCGCGCGCGACAUGCACAUUGUGCGGAACAACAUCACGGACACGCGGACGGGGGCGCUGCGGCCGCUGAACUUCCCGGACCGGCUGGAGAAGUACAUGGAGGAGGUCGCGAACGGCGCGGCCGCGGGGGGGGCCGAGGGGCCGAACGCCGGCGGCGGUGCGGCGACGGGGCACAAGCCGGUCACGCGGCAGCAGACGAGUCGGCAGCGUGGCAGCACGCCGGGGAGCGGCCGCGGGCGCACGCCCGGGGGCUCCCCGAGCGCGUCGGGCAACCCCACGCCGCACGCGUCGCCGGGGCUCCGCGCGGCGCCGCACGGCGACGCCGGGCGACACGCGCCUGCGCUGCCCCGGGCCCACGGCCUGCGCGCGGCGUCCGGCCCGCCGAAGAACUACUCGCUGCCGCGGCUGAACGCGGCGUGUAUCCUGCAAGGGAUGACCGCGGCGCGGGACGACGGGGACGCGAUCGAGCCGGCGCUGCCGCCCGCCAACCGCAUGAGCCCGCACGGGCACCCGAUGCAGGGGCACGGGGGCAUGUUCGCGCCGCACAUGGACGCGCACCUCGCGAUGCACCAGGGCUACGUCGCGCCGCACGCGUUCCCGCCGGGCGCGCAGGCGCACGGCGCGGCCGCCUUUGGGUUUGGGGCGCAGGCGCAGGCGCAGGCGCACCACAACGGGCACCACGGCGAGAACGUGCCGUCGCCGAAGGAGGCGACGCGGCCCGUGCAGCCGAUCGCGUCGCCGGCCGUGCAGGCGCGCAGCGGGGGGGACCUGACCAACAGCGCCACACCAACAGGCCCCGGGGGCACCCAGGAGCAGCACCGCGUGUCGCCGCUCAUCGCGCCGACGCUCCACCACAUGCACCCGCUCCUGUCGCAGAUGCAGCAGUCGGGCCUCUUGCCCGCGGCCCCGGGCGCUGCCGCAGCGGCGCCCGCACCCGCGGCAGCGUCGGCGCCCGCGGCCGGCGACGCCACGCCGAACGAGGCCGCCGGGAACGCGCAGGGCGUCCAGACCGCGCUCGCGCGCGUCGCGGACGCGGCGGGCGCGCUGUCUGCGUGGAGCGAGGGCCAGCUGUGCGGCAACGUCUUCACGCUGCAGGGCCUGCUGGCGGUGCUCGGGUCGUCCGUCGCGCCGAGCGUGCUGCAGGCCGUGCAGUCGGUCGCGGGGAUGCUGCGGGAGGUGCGCGGCGGCGCUGCGCACGUGUGCCGCGCGCUGGGCGGGUCGCCCGGCGCGUCAGCCGCGGGAGGGGGCGCGCCGGCGGUGGGCGGCAUGUGGCCGGCGGCGGCGCUGGUGCAGGAGGCGCGCGGGGGCUGCGGACAGCUCGGGGCGCUCGUGCGGGAGCUCCAUCGGACCGCGGAGGACGCGUGGCUGCAGCUGAGUCAGUCUGACGCGCAGCUGGGCAAGCGCAUGGAGGAGCUGAUCAACGCGGUGUGCGGGGACGCGCAGCGGCUGCACGUGGAGCUCUCGCAGGCGCUCGAGGCCGCCGCGGCCGUGACAGGCGCGGCCUGA